GCUCCAGCAGGGCCGACUGAAUGUGACGUUAUUUUUUCUUAGGUCCGUCUGGAGAUUUUUUUUCUUGUUUCUUUUCGGAUGCACGGGCGCAAUCUUGAGGUGACAGCGGCGGGUGUCAUUGUGAACUCUUCGCCUGUCGGGGAGCACAGCUCAAGCCUCUGGCAAUUGGCUUGUCGCGGCCCCGGGUGGGCCAGCCCAAGAUUGGACUGGGCAGGGGUCUGGGGUGCUUCAGCCCUGGUCGGGCUUGGUCUCAGCAUCCAUCACCACUGGUCUGGUCACAACUGGUCAUGGGCCGACGAGGCCCGGCUGGCGCCCCUGACUUCCGAGGAUCCCACGCCUGUUGGCUCUGUUUCGUCUUGCUGCUACCUGCCUCCCGACAGGCGCAAAGGGCUUUCCAGAACGAGCUGUGGCAAGUUGAGAAAGCCACUGCUUGUCAGAGCCUAAACAUCUGGUGACGACGAGAGACAUCGGGCUGAGAGAUUGGCUUCGCACAAGCACCAGACAUGCAUCAAUGGAAUCAAUGAUCAAUGG